GUGCUCACUAACAAACAAAAAAAAAUCAGCUAAUUAGUAUAUGUGAGAUGCAUGAACCCAUGUACGUAAUGUAAGCAUUGAUGCAUAAGUGUGAAUGUAUAUGUGUGUAUAGGUAAGAGAGAAGAAGAAAUAAUGGUGGUGACAGGAGUAUAGAGAGCACAAAAGAGUAGACAUGCAGGCUCUCUCUCUCUCUCUUUUGAAUUGGUUUUACUUUUUAUUAUCAUCCACAGGCGGUGUGAUGAUACGAUACAUACAUAUGUACUUGCAUGUCAUCCUUAGAGCAUCAUUAUCCCUGUCUCUUAGACAGGUUUCUUAGUGUAUUUAAGAUUUAAAAAAAAAAAAAAUUGUAAUAACUAUAGAAGACGUCUCUUAAUUAAGCAAUGGAAGAGACGUCUCUUCUCUUCCUCUCUUUGUCUUCCUCUCUUGGCCUUCCUCUCUGUCUAUCUUUGGUCUUUAUAAACAACGGUGAACCGGUUUGCGAAUCAGCCAUCCAGGUUCAGUACAUCGACGAGGUCUGGUCUGACAAGAACCCUAUCCUCCCUUCUGAUCCUUACCGGAGGGCUUUGACGGGGUUUGUGCAUAAACUAUAGAACGUGAUUUGUUCCUUUGACGGUGGCAGUGGGAUAGAGAAAGUUCCAUCACCAGAGCCAUCAACGGUAUCAGUGGGAUAGAGAAAGUUCCUUUGACGGUGGCUCUAGUUUCUUCCUUUUUAAUCGGGAAGUUUGGUAGUGGUGGUGAUACUCUAGUUGCAAUGACAAAGAAGAAAACACCACAGAUUCUCAAGACAGAUACGACACUAAAACUUUGGGUUGCCAACAUGUCUAUGCCUGCAGAGGAUGAUCCUAUUGAGGCUCAACAAGAAGCUCGACCACCCAGGUCAUUUGGGGCCAAGGAUGAGAUAUUCUGCUUGUUUCAAGGCUCACUUGACAACCUAGGAAGCUUGAAGCAGCAAUAUGGGCUUGCCAAGAAUGCAAACGAGGUUCUCUUGGUCAUCGAGGCUUACAAGACUCUCCGUGACAGAGCUCCUUACCCGGCUAACCACGUUGUGUCACACCUAAGUGGCGAUUUCGCUUUUGUGGUGUUUGAUAAAUCAACCUCCGCUCUGUUUGUAGCCUAUGUAAGUUCUUUUUAACCCUUUUUUUUAUUGUGAGGUAGAUUGAAUUCUUUUUACAUGUUGAUUUUGCAUUUCUUCUACAUGUUGAUUUUGCAUUUCCUUUUUUUAUUUCAAAAUAAAUUUGUAAUUUUAAUAAAAAAAUUUUAAAAACUCUUAAAUAAGAAACUUGCAAUAGAGGACAUAAA